AGAGAGAGAGUGUAUGUAUAUAUGAUGUAUAUAUUUGUUUCUGCGUCUGAACCAAAUUUCCCUUUCUCUUUCUGAUCUGCUUCUUCUCUUCCAUCUGUUUGUAAAAAGUUCUGAGAGAAAAAAUUCUCAAAAUUACCAGACCCUCAUCUAAUCUUCAAGGGUUUUGAGAUUUUCUUUUCUCUUAAAGAUCUUAAUUGCUGCUGAUUUGGUGGAAUCUUAGCUUUUCACCAUCAGCAAGAAAGAAGAAAUCUUGUUUCGUGUUUGUAUUUAAUGUCUUUCCGUAGCAUAGUUCGAGAUGUGAGGGAUGGAUUUGGGAGCUUAUCAAGGCGGGGUUUCGAUGUGAGGCUCUCGGGGCAUCACAAUAGAGGAAAAUCACAAGGUUCAGUUAAUGAUUUGAGCGAUAAUAAUCAGCUGUCUCUCGUGAUCCAAAACAGCCGGUGGGCUAAUCUUCCUCCCGAGCUUCUUUUUGAUGUAAUUAAACGAUUGGAAGAGAGCGAAAGCACUUGGCCCGCUAGAAAACAUGUUGUUGCUUGUGCUGCGGUUUGCAGAUCUUGGAGGAAUAUGUGUAAAGAGAUUGUUAGAACCCCCGAAUCAUGUGGGAAGCUUACUUUUCCAGUUUCCCUUAAACAGCCGGGAUCUCGUGAUGGUACCAUUCAAUGUUUCAUCAAGAGAGAUAAAUCCAACUUGACAUACCAUCUUUACCUUUGUCUUAGUCCAGCAGCGUUGCUUGUUGAAAACGGGAAGUUCUUGCUCUCUGCAAAAAGAACACGGAGAACUACUUGCACCGAGUAUGUCAUAUCCAUGCAUCCUGAUAACAUUUCUAGAUCAAGCAGCACUUACAUUGGAAAGCUAAGAUCGAAUUUUCUUGGGACAAAGUUCAUCAUAUACGACACACAGCCUCCACAUUUCAGUGCCCAUAUACCACCGCCAGGCCGAUCAAGCCGAAGAUUUCAUUCAAAAAAGGUCUCACCCAAAGUGCCAAGUGGCAGCUACAACAUUGCCCACAUCACCUACGAGCUUAACGUGCUUGGAACACGGGGCCCACGUAGGAUGCACUGCAUCAUGCAAUCGAUCCCAGCCUCGUCCAUUGACCCAGGCGGGUCGGUCCCAGGUCAAGCGGAGCUCCUCCUUCCUUCCCACUCCUUAGAAGACUCUUUCCGUAGCAUUUCCUUCUCAAAAUCGCUUGAUAGAUCCACCGAAUUCAGCAGCUCUAGAUUUUCCGAGAUCAUAGGGGCUGCCACAUCAAGCGACGUCCCCGAGAGUGAAAAGUCGAAAAUGCCCUUGGUCCUAAAAAACAAGGUGCCUAGGUGGCAUGAACAGUUGCAGUGCUGGUGUUUGAAUUUCAGGGGACGGGUGACGAUUGCUUCUGUCAAGAAUUUUCAGCUGAUUGCCGCCCAACCGCCGCCAGCAGCAGCAGCAGCACCACCAGCGGCAGGAACUUCUCAGCCUGCUCAACCUGAGCAUGACAAAGUGAUACUGCAGUUUGGAAAAGUUGGAAAAGACAUGUUCACAAUGGAUUACCGGUAUCCUUUGUCUGCAUUUCAAGCAUUUGCAAUCUGUUUAAGCAGUUUCGACACCAAACUAGCUUGUGAAUAAAAUAUAAGAAAAGUUUUAACAUUUUGUUUGUGUACCCACCCACCUUCUUCGCUAGUCGAAUUGCUGAAUAGGGGAGAUUGUUGAUGUUGGAACUAAAGACUGAAUGAAUAGCUGUUGUUUGUUAUCCAAAUCUUGAAACCAUUUUGGUCUUCUGUAUCUUCCAUUUUCUUCUCUCGGACCAAUUUGUGAUUUAUUGGAAACUGUUUUAUUUGAUUUC